AUGGCUUCUGGAGGCGAGCACACACACGACCACGACCAUCACCAUGACCACAAGCACGACCUUCACGACGGUUCAUUUGUCGGCGCCGACGGGAAAGUAUACCACAGCCACGACGGUCUUGCACCGCAUUCUCACGAACCAAUCUACUCACCUGGAUUCUUCAGCAGAAGAGCUCAACCUCUCAUCAACAGAGAUUUCAAUGAAAGAGCUUUCACCGUCGGCAUUGGUGGACCCGUUGGUACUGGCAAAACCGCUUUGAUGUUAGCCCUUUGUCAAAACCUAAGGGAUCGUUACAGUCUCGCUGCUGUCACGAAUGAUAUUUUUACAAAAGAAGAUGGUGAGUUCUUGGUUAAGCACAAAGCACUUCCGGAGGAAAGGAUUCGUGCUGUUGAAACUGGUGGCUGUCCUCAUGCUGCGAUUCGGGAGGACAUUAGUAUUAAUCUUGGACCGCUUGAAGAGCUUUCCAAUCUUUAUAAAGCUGAUCUACUUCUCUGUGAAUCUGGAGGAGAUAACUUGGCUGCCAAUUUCAGCAGGGAACUGGCUGACUAUAUUAUUUACAUCAUUGAUGUGUCUGGUGGUGAUAAAAUUCCUAGGAAAGGUGGUCCGGGAAUCACGCAAGCCGAUCUCCUUGUGAUUAACAAGACCGACCUUGCACAAGCAAUUGGGGCUGACUUGGGUGUCAUGCAGCGCGAUGCUCUUAGGAUGAGAGACGGCGGGCCAUUUGUAUUUGCUCAGGUGAAGCACAAUGUUGGGGUAGAAGAAAUUGUAAAUCAUGUCUUACAGGCAUGGGAGGCAACUACUGGGAAGAAACGCCGUUGA